AUGCUACGGUCGGCCUACACUCGAUGUGCCGCGGAGACGCGCGAGAGUUCUAAACCCGCCCGUGAAAUGGCGUCGCAGGGUCUGAAGGCCGUGCAUCUGGCUAAUCAGGGUUGUGAAAUGCGCCCUCUGUCCAGCAUCAAUGGGGAGGCGAUUGGCAUUCGUGACAAGCAGAAGGAGUCCGGAUAUAUGGUCUCAAGCAUGAGCACAUCGCCGGGCUCUUUCAAGAUGCAGGCGACGCCGACGUUAGACGUCCACUCGCCUACUUCAAGCACUGAAAACUGCUGUAACUACAGCUGUUGGGAUGGAUUUACUGACUCGCUUGAGACCCACCGGUUCAGCACCGAGUGCAUGCACGGCUGUACGCCGCCCUGUAAAGUGUCCGAUGGAUUUAAUAAUGGAGGCAAUUCGUUUGCGACAGAUGAAACAGUGUUUUCGUGUGACGAAAGGCCUCCUGAUGUGUUCGGGCAGUCGGAGAAAGCCCUUUCACCGCGUGUUGUUAGGGUGGUGGAAACAACGGAAGCGUCGGAUGCAGUCUCAAGCGACAUAUCGCCGACGUGCUACGACAGUUCUUCCGAUUGUACAGUGUCAAAGCUUGCCACAGGUCGGGAUCGGAGUACGAGUGACGAGGACUCUAGUUCCUCCUCCGACUCGCCCACCGGCGACGGAGCCUACGGUUACAAAAGCUCAGGGAAGAAUGCGGAUUCACGCCUUGCUAAAAUAGAGGUGGAUGGAACAGAUGUUAGUGGGGAUGACAAUCGCUGUGUACAACGAAGUAUUUGCAACAAGCCUUUUAGGCAUGUAUCACAUCUCACGCUAGAAAAUUGGAGUGAAACGGAAGACAAUACAAUAAAGCCAUGUAUCGAUUUGCAACGAUUGCCGUUGGCUAUGCAAAGCGGUUACGAGUUGCGCGGAGGGCAUCUCGUUUCCUGGUCAAGCGUGCCCAAAACUGGCAGCAGCACCGAAAGUAAUGUAGAGUGGAGCGCUACGGAGAUGCACAAUUUACUAGAAACGGUGGCAUCCGCGAUAGUCUCCACAGAAUAUGUAUUAAAUAGCCUCGUGGAAAGGAUAACACCCACGAGAACCUGUCGGGCAAACAAAUUAUACCUCUUCAAUGUGCUCAAGAGGUUCAUCAAGUACUGCCUGGGUGAUGACGCUCAUGUGUACAUAGCGGGAUCCACCGCAAACGAUAUAGAUAUAGACUACUGCAAUUUGCUGUCGGUGCCGUUUUACAGCGACCUCGACAUCGACGUAAUAUUGUCGCGUUAUGGAUCUAACGCGAUGACCAUACUUAGGCAAAUUUUCCACAACCUGUGCGAGUCUCAAGCGGUGCUGAAGGGCGCGGGCAUGGUUUCCAACUGGACAAUCGGAAGGUCCGCCUUCAAGCUCGUCGACUCUGCGCGGGUGCCAAUUAUAAUUAUACGAACGAAGAAUGGGAUGCUCUGCGACGUAUCGGUUAAUGCAGCAAACUCACUGAAACACAACAAGCUGUUUCACGAAUACAUCGAGAAAUAUCCAAUAAUGCGAAGUCUCAUGCGGCUGAUCAAGCAUUGGCUCAAAUUUAGGGGAAUACCGGCCACAAAGGAGGGCGGGUUCCCGACCAUACUAUGGAUGUUCCUGUUCUGCAAUGCCUUCGACAUUGGGGAAACUUAUCAGAUCGGCAAUGCGUCACGUGCACGCAACGUAUCGGCCAUGUGCGAAAUGCUGUUGUCAAGAAACAUACUACGUGGUGACGUUGCGUCUGUACCGUUGAGCCACAUCUCCCUGCUGGCCGCGCUGGAGAAAACGUUCAGAACGCUCGCCGAGGGUAACAACCUCAUCGAGAUGGUAAACGCGGCAACUGCUCACGGGCGGGUGCAAGAUGCAAGCAACAGGAACAUACCAACGCGGUGGAGCAUGGGCGAGAUCGGGAGAAAGCUCGUAGAACUUAUCGAAGUCGAGCCCUAUGUCCCGUUUGCCACAUGGCUGGUGUAUUAUUACGAGAUUUGCCGAACUGAGGAGGGUUUAUCUAAGUACAUGGAAUGCAUCGAGACGCUCGUAUCGCUGUCCAUAUGCCUCCGUGUGUACGAGACACUCGAUGAUCCCGAGAACAGUAAAGCGAUGGCGGAGAUUAGAGCUCUCAUCAUUCAGGUAAAGCACGUCUUCGGUUAUAACCUAUUUUACCUGCUGCAUGAGAGCAGACCGGUGUUGGAGAAUGUACAGAGGUACGUGCAGCGCACGGCACACAUGCUGCGCAUCACGCCGGAUUCCUCAGACAUGAUGGAGAGUACACGCAUGCUUAUAAAUCACGUUUCUGAACAGCUAUCUUCCAUCGUCACGGGUGUAUUUUACGAGUCUUACGACAAGGUGUACUCUAUACCGGCCUCAAUAGAGCCGCCGACGCCGAUAAUGCCUAAGGCGCAGCGCGAUAUCCACGACCCGUUGUGCAGCCCCCAGUCCUCGGAUGGUGGCAUCUGGAGCGACACCGGGUGGCUGAUCGUUGCGAUGGAGGGCAAGCUUCACAUCGUCAAGGCCUUCAAGGUUUGCGUCAAGUGGGACAGCUGGUGGUCGACCUACUUCGUCAGUCGCCGCGACACGAAGGCCGUUUUCCACGGCUUUACCUACCGCCAGGUAAGCGUCGCCGGGAGGGGCGACCGGAAACCAGACAACGAGCUGCCCCGGGUUCUAAUACGCCAGGGUGCGCUCGAGCUCUUCCACCCCUGCGACAUCGUCUCACGGCUCUACGUCGUCAAGGUGAUGAAGGGCGAGCAGAGCGUCAGCUCCCACUACUACAGCCUCGACAUGUUCUCUGGCACCAAGACGUUGUACGUCUUGCCGGGGUUCGAGGUAGCACGCUUCGAGCAGUUGAGCCGCGUGUGCGCCAGGUUGCUCGCGAACGCUGGGCCCGAUGCCUUCCGUACGAUACCGCGUCCCGACCGGUGCCACCACUGCGGCGCCAUCACGGUGACGGGUCGCUUCGUACCCAACGAGCUGAAGAUAUCGCAGCGCAAGCGCAAGAACCUGCGCCACCUGCUCAUCUGCCCCAGGUACAACGAGUACUAUCGCCAUAUGCAGGCUAGCCUGUGGCGCGUCGAGCGGAGCAUCCGCCGGCAACCCAUCUAG